AUGCUAACAAAUGAAAUAAUUUUAGUUCAUGAUGGAGUGUUGGACGAUCGUUUAGGUUCUGUUGAUGUAGAACUGUAUGAUCCAUCUAUAGAAGUUUGGACGGUUAGUGGCAAUAUUAUUAGUCCGCGACUGUUUCACGCAGUUUCUAUGUUGACUGAUGGAAGCGUGCUAUUUGCUGGUGGACAAAAUAGGGAGUAUAUGUUAGCGAGUGCAGAGUUGUAUGAUUCAUCAACUGGAUCGUGGACAAGUACUGGGCAUAUGAGUACGGCACAAAAUUUGCACUCUGCAUCUGUAUUAGCCAAUGGAAGAGUGUUAGUUGCUGGUGGAAGUGGUCCAAAUGGUUCUUUAAAUAGUGCACGCUUAUAUGAUCCAUCAAAAUGGUCAUGGGCAAAAACUGGUAGCAUGAAUAUUGCACGACAUGCUCACAUUGCAUCUGUAUUAACUAAUGGUAAAGUGCUACCUGUUGGUGGAUUAAAUGAUGGUCACCUUUCUAGUACAGAAUUGUACGAUCCAUCAACGGAAUUAUGGACAGAAACUAGCAGUUUGAGCGAUGCACGAUUUUGGUACACUGCAUCUGGUUUAGCCAAUGGAACACUAUUAGUUAGUGGUGAAAAUGGUCUCAGUGGGUCAUGGAAAAAAACUGGCAGCAUGAAUAAUGCACGAGUUUCUUGCACUGUAUCUGUAUUAAAAAAAUGGAAAAGUGUUAGUUGUUGGUGGAAUGCAUAA